UAUGAAAAGGUAAGGCAAGUAGAACUCUAUUUCCCAUGAAGCACUGCGGUAGAAGGCAUCCGGAAAACAAACCCCCAGCUCCAAAGAUUCAGGGUUAGUGGGUCAGUCCUCCUGUUUUUCAGACACCGGCGACGUGUUCGAUCACAGUUCUGUACAGGGACAACUAAAACCAUGCUGCUCCGUAAUGUAAGCAAGUCCACAGCGUUGUGCAGCGCUGUCCUCAAAGCCCCCUCGGUUCUGUCUGGAGGUCAGUUUCAAGCCGGUGCUGUGGUCGCUGCACAAAAUGCACGUUUCUACGCCAGCCAGCAGGCGGUGUUGGAGAAGACUGCGGCCGUUGGAGCUGACACUGCCACAAAAGCAGACACCAGGACCGCACCAGUUGAAUCCAAGUCAUUUGCUGUAAAUAUUUUCAAAGGACAAAUCGCCACCCCUCAGGUGUUUCCAUAUCCUUCAGCUCUGAAUGAAGAACAGGAGGAGUUCCUCCGUGAGCUAGUUGGACCUUGUGCCAAGUUCUUUGAGGAGGUGAAUGACCCAGCCAAGAACGAUGCACUGGAGAAGGUGGAGGACCACACGAUGGAGGGGCUCAAAGAGAUGGGAGCCUUUGGGCUGCAGGUCCCAGCCGAACUGAACGGACUGGGCCUCAGCAAUACACAGUAUGCCAGGCUGGUGGAGAUCGUAGGCAGUCAUGACCUGGGGGUUGGCAUCACUCUGGGUGCCCACCAGUCCAUUGGCUUUAAAGGAAUUCUACUUUUUGGAAACCCUGCCCAGAAGGAGAAGUAUCUGCCCAAACUAGCUACAGGUGAAAACAUAGCAGCCUUCUGUCUGACUGAACCUGCCAGUGGCUCUGAUGCAGCCUCUAUUAAAACCACAGCAGUGCAGUCUCCCUGUGGAACAUACUUCACCUUAAACGGCAGCAAAAUCUGGAUCAGCAAUGGGGGCCUGGCAGAGAUUUUCACAGUAUUUGCCAAGACACCCAUGAAGGACCCAAACACAGGGGAGAUGAAGGAUAAGAUCACUGCCUUUAUUGUUGAGAGGAGCUUUGGAGGCAUAACACAUGGGCCCCCGGAGAAGAAGAUGGGCAUCAAGGCUUCGAACACAGCGGAGGUGUACUUUGAUAAUGUACGCGUGCCAGCCGACUGCAUGCUCGGGGAGGUGGGCAGUGGCUUCAAGGUGGCCAUGAACAUCUUAAACAACGGGCGCUUUGGCAUGGCUGCUGCCCUUUCCGGUACCAUGAAGGGAGUCAUCACCAAAGCAGUGGACCAUGCAGCCAAUAGGACCCAGUUCGGCAGCAAAAUCCAUACGUUUGGUACCAUCCAGGAGAAGUUGGCAAGAAUGGCAAUGCUUCAGUAUGUUACAGAGUCUCUGGCCUACAUGGUCAGUGGUAACAUGGACAGUGGAGCGACUGAGUUCCAGAUUGAAGCAGCCAUCAGCAAGAUCUUUGCCUCAGAAGCUGCGUGGAUAGUGACUGACGAGUGCAUCCAGGUCAUGGGUGGGAUGGGAUACAUGAAGGAUUCCGGUGUUGAGAGAGUAAUGAGAGAUUUGAGAAUUUUCCGUAUUUUUGAGGGAACCAAUGACAUUCUCAGGCUGUUCGUGGCUCUCAAUGGCUUCCAGAGUGCAGGUAACCAACUCAAGGCUCUGCAGAAAGCCCUCAAGAACCCCAUAGGAAAUGCUGGUCUGUUCGCUGGAGAGAUCACCAAGAGAGUCAAAAGAAAGGCUGGUUUGGGCACUGGUCUGACUCUUCAAGGUCACAUCCACCCUGAUCUGGCUAAAAGUGGUGAUCUGGCUGUACAAGCUAUUGAGCAAUUUGGGACGGCCGUGGAGGAGCUGCUGAUCAAACAUGGGAAAAAUAUCAUUGAGGAGCAGUUUGUUCUGAAGAGGGUGGCUGACUGGGCUAUUGACAUCUAUACUAUGGUGGUGGUUUUGUCUAGGGCUUCUCGUUCUCUGAGUCAGGGCAACGCCUCCGCUCAGCACGAGAAGAUGCUCUGUGAGACUUGGUGCAUUGAGGCCCAUGAGAGAGUGAUGAGAGAUAUCAAAAACAUUCGCUCCAGUGAGUCCAGACAGGUGUUUCGUAACCUGAAGGCUGUAUCUGCUGCUAUGGUGGAAAAUGGUGGAGUGGUCUCUGUUCACCCACUAGGAUUCUAACUACACACUUCAGUUUGGACCUACCACAGACUAUAACUCUUUAUGUCUAACCCACAAAACAAGAUAUGGGGUAAAAAACUUUCUAUUUUAACUUUGACUUGUGCUCAUUUUGCAGUUCUUUUAUUGGCGUUUGAUUUAAAUUUGUUGGUUAAUAAGAGAUGCCGAAUAAUGUAAUCUAAACAAAUCACCAGAGUAACAUAUUAGAAUUCCUUUGAUAAUUACUUAAAGUAAUCAUUGCGCUAUUUUCUAAUCUGUUAUAAUAGUUUCCUCAUCACAAACAUACCUGGAGUUGUAUAUUGUUUUGUUCACGUUUAACACACAAAUCCGAGUCCUUUUCUCAAGCUGAAAACACCCCAUUUCACCUUGUGAUAUCAUGUGGUAAUACAGGAAGUGCUCCACUGUGUUUUUACACUCAAUACACUUGACUAAUAUUUUUAGCCUAAAUGUAAAAAGUACCACUGAAGAUGUAGACAGUAAUGCAAGGAUUAAUCAAACGUGUGAAUGAAACAAAACACAACUCAACUCCAUUUAUGUUUUUGAGAAGGCAACAGCAUUAUAACAUGACUAAAAACUCACAAGAGUCAAUCUUGUGUAAAAUAGAACCUUUAAUCCAUCAUCCUUAAUUCUGCAUAAUUACAAUAUCAUGCACAUCUAUUGCCAAUGUAUUAAACUGUAUUUCCUGUAUAAAAAGCCUACACUUCAUCAGUAUAGAGAUUGUUAUGAUCAAACCCUCUGCAUUACAAACCUGCUGGAAAAACUGCAACCGUCUUUUUGAUUAGAGCUACUUUUUCUGUGAUGGUCAACAGUGUGCUCACCGAAUGUGCUCAGAGUUGUAACUAAUUGCAGCUGACUUCUCGCUGUAUUUAAAGGUACAUUGUGUAACUUUUCAAGUGGAGGGACUGUCACCUGCUUGUUUCUAUGGAUGUGUCAUUGCUCUGCUUGGAAUGUUUGACAGUAUGGCAUUAAACAGCUCUAAUUUACAUGUAUUCAAUUACAGGUGGUUUUAUAGUUCAAUAAUAUCUGGAAAAACAUAAAUUCUGACUGUGAGCUGGGUUGCCUCCACAUUUAUUACAUAUUUAUUUAUAUUUGGUGUCUGAAAUGAAAAUGCAUUGUUGCCUUCCACUGUAUACAAACAUUGCCUGUAAAUGUAGCUGUUAAUAAGAACAAUUCCUUUGACUUCUUUUUGUAACCUUUUAAAUACGAAUAAACAUUGCUCUGUUAAACCUUAAA